AUGGGUACCUCUGUGGCUAUACUCCUUCAUGUACUGCUGCUGGUUGACAGGGCACAUUCGAAAAAAGGUGUCAAAUGCGGUGGUAUCCUGUCCUCUCCCUCUGGUAACAUUUCCAGCCCUAACUUCCCUGGUUUAUACCCGUAUAACAUCGACUGCACGUGGCUUAUCGUGGUGGCAGAAGGCUCCUCUGUGCUCCUCACUUUCCACCAUUUUGAGCUGGAGUACCAUGCCACCUGUGCGUACGACUAUAUCAAGAUUUACAAUGGCAUUUCAGAGGACGAGGGGAACCUGCUCGGGACAUUUUGUGGGGACAUCUCACCUCCUCAGUUCACAUCUUCCUGGAACGUCAUGUCCAUUAUCUUUCAUUCUGACCGGCAUGUGGCCCAUAGAGGCUUCAGCGUUGGCUACAGGAAAGAUAUGUGUGGUGGGGUUUUGAUGGGUCUGUCCGGGGUCAUCUCCAGCCCUGGUUACCCUCAGGAGUACAGCAACAACGCUGACUGUUCCUGGGCCAUUCACGUGUCCAAUAUCAGCGUGGUCAGCCUGGUCUUCCUUGACUUUCAGCUGGAAAAUAACGAGGGGUGUAACUUUGAUUUUGUGGCUUUAUUUGACGGUCCCACAGUUACACACAAACACCUGGGUAAAUACUGUGGAGCAGAGCAACCUCCGAAAAUUGUGACUACCUCCAACCAGCUCCUAGUGAUUUUUAAGUCUGACUUCAACAUAGGAGGGCGGGGCUUCAAGGCAUAUUAUUACUCAGGUGAGUGCCAGCAGGUCUUAUCAGGCGUUAGCGGUAACUUCAGUAGCCCCCACUUCCCCAAAAUCUACCCCAACAACAUCAACUGCCACUGGGGCAUCAGCCUUUCACCUGGAUACAGAAUCAAACUGUAUUUCACUGUUAUGGACCUGGAGGAGAAAAACAGUCUGAGCGAUGAGUGCGAUUACGACUAUGUGGCAGUGUAUGAUGGAGAGAGCCAGACUGACACGUUAUUGGGGCGUUGGUGUGGCAUAGACCUACCCCCCUCUCUGGUGUCAAAGGGAAACAAACUUCUGGUGGUUCUGAGCACAGACAGGAACGAGGCACAUAAAGGCUUCACUGCAUCAUAUCUUGGAGUUGUCCCGGUUAACAUCAGCUGCACGCGGUCAGAAUUCUCCAUCUUGAUCCCUCAGCAGUCCCUGCCGCAGCUCGAGAGAGAAAACAUCUACCUGGGAAACCCAUCCUGCACCGCUCAGCUCACCGCCACCGCCUACAAGAUCCAAGCUCAGUUUGUCAACUGUGGGACAGCAGGACAGAAACGGCGAAACAUCACAGUUAUGGUGAACAAACUUUACAUUGAUUUUUCUGAUGAGAAACAGAAGAACAUUCAGGAGUACAGUGUGCAGUGUGAUGCGCAGAGAAAAGUGGCUUCAGUGUCCAUCAUCUCAGCAGAAGAGCGCCACCUAGAGGAGCAGGCCCAGAAGCCCGAGGGAGACAUAGGAAACACACAGAAACAUAAUAGUGGAUCCCAUGACCUUAGCGAUAUUGUCUUCAUUAGUAUCUGUGUUCUGGCUGUCAUACUCAUGGUCAUAGCAAUUGUCUGGCUUGUGCUGCUUUAG